CAGUCAGUGAGGAAUAUGUAGUUGGUGUGAGUGGUGUUUUUAUACGGAAAUAGAAAGAAAAUGUAAUUCGUAUAAGGUUGCCAAAUGAAUGCAACAUUUAGUAGUAAUAAAUAUAGUGGAUCGAAAUUAAUUAACUUAUUGUUGUAACCCAGUUAGUUUUCCAGUGAAUCCUUCCCAUGUUGGGUUGAAAUUAUGCUGUAGUUUAAGUGUUUGGUGUGUGCUUGAGAGGCGGAGGUGAAAGAAAAGUCGCAAAAUGGCGGAUCUAGAGGCAGUGCUCGCAGACGUGAGCUAUUUGAUGGCUAUGGAGAAAAGCAAAUGUACUCCAGCAGCCAGGGCCAGUAAAAAGAUUAUACUUCCAGACCCUAGUGUGCGGAGUGUAAUGCAUAAAUAUCUGGAGAAGAAGAAUGAAGUGAACUUCGAUAAAAUCUUCAACCAAAUGUUAGGCUACCUGCUGUUCAAAGACUUCUGUGAGACGAUGGCAGAAGAGCCCAUCCCCCAGCUGAAGUUCUACGAAGAGAUCAAACAGUACGAGAAGCUGGAGUGUGUGGAGGAGAGGAGGAAGUUGGCACGAGAAAUAUACGACAAUUUCAUCAUGAAGGAGCUCCUGGCGCAUUCGCAUGAUUAUUCAAAAGAUGCCGUGGCACAUGUACAGAAGUUUUUAAUGAAGAAUGAAGUUCCUGUUAAUUUAUUUGAGCCAUACAUUGAAGAGAUUUUCAAUCAUCUGAGAGGGCAGCCUUUCAAGAAGUUUUUAGAAAGUGAUAAAUAUACAAGAUUCUGUCAAUGGAAGAAUUUAGAACUAAAUAUCCAGUUAACAAUGAAUGACUUCAGUGUUCAUCGUAUCAUUGGGCGUGGGGGUUUCGGAGAGGUGUAUGGUUGUCGAAAAGCAGACACUGGCAAGAUGUAUGCAAUGAAAUGUCUGGACAAGAAGCGGAUAAAAAUGAAACAGGGUGAAACUCUGGCCCUCAAUGAGAGGAUUAUGUUGUCUCUAGUCAGUACAGGGGUUGACUGCCCCUUCAUAGUUUGUAUGACCUAUGCAUUUCACACACCAGACAAACUUUGCUUCAUUCUGGACCUCAUGAAUGGUGGAGAUCUGCAUUAUCACUUGUCACAGCAUGGAGUUUUUAAUGAACAUGAGAUGAAAUUCUAUGCAGCCGAAGUUAUUUUAGGUUUAGAACAUAUGCACAGAAGAUAUAUUGUCUACCGAGAUCUAAAGCCUGCUAAUAUACUGCUCGAUGAACAUGGACAUGUUAGGAUAUCAGAUCUUGGUCUUGCCUGUGACUUCUCAAAGAAAAAACCUCAUGCUAGUGUAGGAACACAUGGGUACAUGGCUCCUGAAGUACUCUCAAAAGGGACAGCGUAUGAUUCCAGUGCAGACUGGUUUUCAUUUGGAUGUAUGCUGUACAAGUUGCUCAAGGGUCAUAGUCCAUUCAGACAGCACAAAACAAAAGACAAACAUGAGAUAGAUAGGAUGACAUUAACAAUGAAUGUUGAAUUGCCAGAAUCUUUCUCAAAAGAUCUCAGAUCAUUACUGGAGGGGCUGCUUCAAAGGGACAUUGAUAAAAGACUGGGUUGUAAAGGAAAUGGUGCUGACGAGGUGAAGGAGCACUCGUUCUUUGCGGGACUUGAUUGGCAGCAAGUUUACCUCCAGAAGUACACACCACCUCUUAUACCUCCAAGAGGGGAAGUGAAUGCAGCCGAUGCAUUUGAUAUUGGCUCUUUCGAUGAAGAGGACACAAAGGGUAUAAAGUUGACAGAUGCAGAUCAAGACCUCUACAAGAACUUCCCACUAGUGAUCUCAGAAAGGUGGCAAGCAGAAGUGGCAGAAACCGUGUUUGAAACCAUCAAUCAGGAAGCAGACAAAAUGGAGCAGAAGAAAAAAGCCAAACAGAAGCUUAAGUUUGACACAGAUGAGAAAGAGUCUGAUUGCAUUCUGCAUGGGUACAUCAAGAAGCUGGGUGGACCAUUUGCGUCAGCAUGGCAAACACGGUACGCCAAACUGUAUCCAAAUCGAUUAGAAUUGCACCCAGAAUCUGGCAGCACAAAACCUGAACUUGUCUUCAUGGACCAGAUAGAAGAUGUCAGUGCAGAUCUUGUACAUCUCAAGAAUGAGCAGUGCAUUGUGCUCCGAACGCGGGAUGGCAAGAUUGUUCUCACCAACCCAGAUGAAAUAGGGCUAAAAGAAUGGGCACUGUCUCUCCGCUCUGCCCAUAAGUGUUCACUGGAGCUUCUGGGUAGUAUGGCAAAGAAAGCAGGCAAGAUAUAUGGCACAGAAAGGGAUGCAAACAAUAGAACUCCCUUCAUAGCGGCCAGGAACACCAAUGGCAAUUAGUAACAGCCAGAACACCUUGUGCUGCUGUGAUGGCAGCAUCAGUAACAAUUCCACUCCAGUAUUGCCUCGCUGCGCCCCUACAUGGGGCUUACUUCACGAGGUGACCAUGGAAUCCACAUGCCCCUUCCUUCAUCCCAUUGUGCCAAUCUCUGGCUGGUCUCAAGAAGAGAUGAAAUUAAAAUUAGGAUGCGGGUAUGAAAGCACCACCCUCCCAUCUUUGUUGCUAUCUGUAUAUCCAUUUUCUCCUCCCUUUGAAGUUCCAUAUGUGGUAUGGCCUGAUUUAGUAUGUGGAGUUUCAUCUUCCCAGAUUGAUGACACAAUGCAACCGUCAUCAUCAUCAUUAGUGUAUUUAAAUAGCAACUGCAAUAGUAAAGGAAGGUUUCAGCUCUCACCCUACCAUAUACUCCUCUCCAUUAAUACUGAAUGGAAAACUAAACCCUCUUGCAGUCUGUGUGUGAAUGACCAGAAUAACGUGUCUAAAGAAAGGACACGUUGCAGUCUGACGUACCCCCCCCCCCUCCCCAGUAGGGAAGGCCGUAAGCCUAUACAUACACAUGUAUGUGUGAGUGAGUGUUUUUAACGAGUAUCACGUGUCAGUGAUACUGCUGUAUCAAAGCAUGACAUUUUUGUGCAUAGGUGGUGAAACAUGGGGUAUGAAAGUAUUGUGUGAUUUAUUGUACAUAAUGCAGUAAAAUUGAUGUUUUCCACACAAAUAUUGUUUGUGUGGAAGAAAUGCCGUAUGCUUUCUGUUAAUGUGCGUAUGUUGGAUGUGAAAGUAUCGAGUUCCUGGUAUUUAUUUUCUAGACAUUUUGGUCUGAAGUGUUUUGUGUCUUGUGAUGGACAGUGCAAUGUUUAAAUUGUUUCAGAUAAAUUCACCAAGUCUGCAAUUUAAAGUCAGAAGGACAAAAGUAUUAUGUUGGUAUAAGAACAACAUAGAUGCAAAUCCAGUUUUUUUAUGAAGUAUUUUGUGUGUGACCACACCCUUCCCUGUGCCCUGUUAUGAGUCAGGUAGAGAAAAUGAAACAGAUGUAGGUUCAGGUGAACCAUUACAUAUGUGUAGUUAAAACUUAGAGUGUAUGUUAUCAGUUUCUGUGAAUUAGUUUGUUCUCUGUCUUUAUGUGCAUUUGUAGAUAUGUAUAAAGAAAACAAAAUGCUCUACCUUGCUUGCUCAUUUGCUGGCUUUUAUUAUUUUUAUUGUUAUUAUUAUUAUUAUUAUUAUGGAAAAUGAGUGCCCAGUUUCACAAUUAUUUAUUUACAAUAUUCCUGAAGUUUGUGGAAAAUCCAGAAUUCUUGUCACCAUUUUUCUCCUUACUAAUUACAAGCCCUUCUCAGCUGAGAUGUAUCACACUGUGCAACCAUGUUGUCAGUAAUGAUUGUUGCUCAUAGAAAAGAAUCCUACAUUUUUUUUUCAUUUGUAUUUUAUCAUGUAGUGUGUUUUUCACAUCUUGAUCAUGAUUCUGUGGCCUAUAACUGUCAGAUACCAUCCACAUUUCCUUGCAGUCUGGGAGUAAUUUUCCAUUAACUCCUAUGUACAGAUUUAGAAGGGUGUUGUGAAUUAAGCAUUUAAUUGAUUUUAUAUUUUGGCUUUUAAACAAAAGAAGAUAGUACCAGUCCCUAACAAGGUAACCGCUUGCAUUGAACCACAGGCCUUGAAGGAAGUUGUGGUGUGUGACAUCUGGAAGUUUGGUUUCAGUGUGAUAACAAUUGUAAAUGUAAGAAGAUAAUAAUCUGGUUUUCAGUGUGGAAGGAUACUUUGCAGAAAUAUAAAAAGCAUAAAGCACAUUGUCUGUUGGAUUCCUGCAGCUGUGAAAUAACUGUACUGCUUUGCUCCAAUGCCAUUUUGCACUUUAAUGUUAAGUGCAUUUUAAUUUGUAAUGUGUAACUUUAUCUUUCAGAGUUCAUUAUAUAAGCUUCAUAGAAUUUGCCAUCUUUAGGAUAAAUUUCAAGCAGAAGGAGAGAGUGGAUCUCACUUUGGGAGUAAGAGUUGGGUGUGGAGUAUGGUGCUAUCCAAUUGGAAGGGACCUUAUUGUCAAGAAAAAUGGUUAGAGAGAAAGAAGUGAAACCAGACAUAGAUCAGUUUGUAUCCUUUAUGCUUGAAGUUGUGUGGGUGUUCAACUGCUUUGAUGGCUUCCUUGAUAUGAUGUAGCGAUGGUAAGUAUGGAUGUUUUCUGGAGCUUCAGUUUUAUUGAAGUCUACAGUAUUUUUGGUCUUGGUGGAAUGUUCAGCAACUGCAGAUUAUAGUUAUAUAUUCAGAUGUGUCUGAUAUGUUCCAGUAUAAUAGUGCAGAUGGAAUGACUGAUUUAACCAAUGUAGACACUGUCUUGAGAGGAAGGAUCUUUUAAACACCCCUGCUCAUGGGCAAAGUAUGUAUCGAUCAGCAAUUGCAUUUCCAAGAAAGUCUGGAACAUAUCGGAUGCAUCAGACCGCAAAACCAGUGAUCAGCAAUAGCUAAACGUUCCACCAAGACCAAAUAUACCAUAUACUUGCGUAAAACUGAACACACCAUUCCCAGAUUAACAGGGAAGCUACUAAAAUAGGUGAAUGGCUUCAUAAGUUCAACUGUAAAGGUGGAUAGAAACUGACCUAGUUCUGGCUUCGGCUGUUCUCCCCAACUUUUCUUCACCAUGUGGCCUAUUCCCAUCAGUUAGUACUACACACCAUACCCUAGCCUUAUUCUUACUUCAUCCUACUUAUUAGUCCAGUCCUUCAACCUCGCUUUCGUCUUGAACAAGACAGCUGCAGUGCAUGCCGUAACAUUGGAGCAGCUUCGACAUAAAGCAAAGUUACACAUUAGAUACAGGCUGAGAAACCUGUUUUAAUUUCCUUGACUUCAGCAGUGUAAGUCUGUAGUAAAAUAUUCUGAAGCCUACAAAUUUUCUUUUCACUAAGAAUGAGGUUAGGUGCCUGCAAUUCCAGUGCUGUUUGCAAAAGUCUCCCUUUGCAGUGUGACAUUUAAAAUAUUUUUUAAGUUCCAGAAGUGCAUUAGUAGUCAGUUACAUGUUGCAGUCUAUCUCUUUGUCAUUAAUAAUAUGUAAAUUGUAAUUGGCUUGGCCUAUUUUAUAAUUUGGUACUUUAGUUGCAUUUCUGUUUAAUACAAUGCCAAUUUUGAAAAGGGUUGUAAAGUUCACUGUGCUGUGGUUACAGUCAUGAAUGGUAGGUGAGUGUGUACUGCACAGUUAUUGGAACAUAAAUAUAGUCUGAAAGAUAUCAUGCAUUUCACACAUCAAACGGUUACUAAAGUUGCGAUGAAAUGUUCUGAUAGUUUUUUUUUAAGUUCUGAUUCAGAGUUGUAUAAAAGAAGUACUACAUUAAUUUGUGUAUUUUUAAGUAUGGUGCACAUGAAAGCACUGUUAUUUGUUAAUGGAAAGUAAUAUUUAAUUUUAUGUUAGAUAUAUACAUAAUAUAUAUUUUGUAUUAUACCCUUGGUGUUGUAUGACAGCAGCUUCUGUUUUGAGUGUGAUUCAGAAAUGUUGGUAGGAAAAUGUAAUUAGUGACAAAGCUUCAACAGUGGACCCACUAGAGUCCAUAUGUUAGAUCCAUAUUUGUUUCACCUGUGUUGCAUUUUGCUGCUACAGAUCUAUAUGGACCUGAAUGCCAUUAACUAUCACAUCAAAAGGAAUUCCUGUGAACAGCCUAAAAAAUGAAAGAAAGUGCAGAAAUAAUUUAUAUUUUCUUUAUUCCUUCGCACUUGGCACAACGUUUUAAUGUUACUUCUUCAGACUUUGUUAUAGACAAUACUUAACUAAAAUAAAAGAGAAGGAAUGACUUCAGGUUCGGUGUACAAUUUUUUUUUUUUCUGAUUUAUGUUAUCUCAUGUGGAAUCAGUUGGUAGUAAGAACUGAGAAUUGAACGUUAUUUCCCAAAUGUUUCCACUUGGAUAGAGAUUCAGAACUGUUGAAUGAAUGUUUGUAUUGAACUUCUUCAAGGGUAAAUUGUUAUCCAGUGUCCAUUUCAAAUCCUAAUCUGCUCAAGUCAGAUAUAAACCAAUAAUAUGACUUUCAUGUAUAGUGGAAAGGCCUUAAACUCCACUGGGAUUUUCAGAUUUGAUUUCUCAGAAAUGUAUGUUAUUAGAAUACAGACAAAAGAGCACUGAAUGCAGAUUAUUGGGAUAAAUAAGAAAUAAUUAUUUGUCAUAUGACUGUACUUUUGGUUCAUGUAAUGUUUCGAGUAAACCACUGGCCAUAGAUAGCAUUAUGAUAAGUCUAUAGAUGAGUACUUAACACCUAUUAUUUAUCAUUAACAUGGUUAAAAUUAAUGUAUCACAGAGUUAUUCAGUUCUUGCUGUGAUGAGAGAUGGAAGUUGCAUCUUAAAAUUGCAUAAAGGUGAAUGUCAUAAAUAGCAGUGGAAUAUUAAAAUAUGUGGCAUUUAACUGAAAAGUGCAGACAAACUUUGGGCAUGAGUUCACAUACCAAAAUGAGAAUUAAUACCUAUAUUAACAUGUGUCCAGAAACGUUUAAUUUGUAGGUUAUAGCUAAAAAAAAUACUAUAUAGACAAUAACAGCAGGUCAGCAUUAAUGUGUUAAUAGGAGUUGUUUUAGGCUCACAAUUUUGCUCACAUCAGCUUACUGGCAGUAAGAUCAUGAAUGUGAUACAUGCAUGAUUGCACUCUUGAACAUUUUGUUUGUCAUGUUGUGUGAGAUGUUCCCAAUAACAAUUCUCAUAACUGAUGGAUAGGUAGAAGAGCACCCACAGCAUGGCACCCGUACUUGCCAGAUUUAUUCCUCUCAAUCUUUACCUCUGGGGACACCUAAAAACCCUUGUGUAUGCAGCUCCUGUUGUCAAGGAAGAGGCCCUUCUCCAUUGCAUUGCGGAUGUUUGUCAGACUGUCCGCGUCUAUCCCAGCAACUUUGAAUAGAUCUGGCAGUCCAUGAUGAUACAUCAAGGCAUGCAUUGAAUCUCAUGGAAGACAUUUUGAGCAUUUAUUAUAAAUGUACUCUUUCGGCCAUAACUCACAAAUCAAAUGUUUCUGGACACAGGUUGAUAUGGACAUUUUUUGGGGGUUUCAGUGUGUGGAACACAUUCCAGAAGUGUUGAGUUGAGGUCCUACAGUAUGAAAAACAUACUGUUUUUAGUUCAGGAGAUUAUGUAUCAAGUUUUGAUACUUUUAUAUAAACUUUGUUAUAUAUUAAAGUAUCACUUUUGUGCAUAUAAUUUAGAUAAUCAAAUGUUAUGGAGAACACACUAAUUGCUAGUAACGCACAGCUACACUUUGAUGUCAGGAUAUCAUUAGCAGGCUACAAACACCAUUAUUGGAACAUAAGUUAGCUGGAAUGUAUGCCUUAUAUGUACAUAGGUUAUAAUGAUACAUUUUCUGUCCUUUUAAUCAAUAUUAAUUAAUUUCCUAGCUGCUGCUCAUAGUAUGGCCAUCAUACACACAUAUAUAGGUACUGUACUGAGACAGUAAGUCAUGUCUAGAAUACUGAAGUUAUGAACUAAUUACAUGAGUUAUGAGUAUGAUUGAUUUCUGGAAACACAAAUUUUGAGCUAGAGAAGUUUUGGCAACUGCAUUAUACUGAGGUACAGUGGUAUGCUGCAUCUGGAACUGUCUGAGGGUGUGUCAUCAUCAGAUGGUGGCAUAGAUCAUUGUGUUGUUAGAACGUAACUUGAUUACAUUGGAAAUCUGGCUCAACACACAGGAAUUUUCUUCCAAAGUUUGCCUACUUAAGCUGUGAUGUACCCUUGGAGAUAUAUUAUACAAAGUUUUUGUGAUACUAAUAUUGGACAUUUAUGACCUAAACUUUCAUGUUUGUUCUCACUGUCACCAUGAUGAGAACGUUAAUAGUGCAUGAAACAAAUUGGUAAUCCUUAUAAUGUAUAAAAUAAGAUGCAUUUGUUAUUAUACUAAUGCCUUGGUACAGAUUAUUAUCAGAACAUUCUGAAGUGAGCUGUUGUGCCUAGUUAGGCUUCUGUGCUACUUUCAGUUUCAUAUUUCUGCUGCUGCAUGAUCAGUUCCCAAUGUAGUAUGUGUGUAUAUAGCAGUAUAAAACUUAAUGCUGCAUCAUGUUAAUAGAAGAGUGUAAAAAUAAAUCAGCGAAAUAACUCUGAUUCACCCCAGAUGGUGUAGGUUUGGAGGCUAAUAAUACAAACAUGAAGUGAUUACAGGUGCCUGUACCAAACUCUUUGGCAGGAAAGUAUAAAGAUUGAGUGUUACUAAUACCAAAGCCGGCCAUUGGACACAAUCCUAAACCAGUUCCACGUACCUCCUGUUCAUCUGUAUCCCUAAGAUGUAGCUUAAUGUCAGUUGUCUGUCUCCCUGGUCUUUAAAAGACCUGUUUUCAAUCCCCAUUGGAAUUCUGUAGGCAUUCCCCCCCAGCCAGGCUACAUGCCCAACCAAUUUCAAUAUCCUAAUGGUACUAGGUGACCUGUAUAAUGCAUGAAGUUUAUCAUCAUGUGCUUAUUUCAUCUUCCUUAGGUUAUAUUUUGCUGGGCCCUUUGCUGUCAGAUGCUUGUGAAUUAAGUUUUGGUAACCAUAUACUGUUUGACUUCAUGGAAACUUAUUUGUGAUUUCUUAGUCGGCUGUUUCUUCUCCACCACCCCACAGUACAGAUUAUAGAGGUCUGUAUGGACACGCAGUAUCUUGUUAUAGGCCAAGUACAGCAUGAGUUCAUUUGAACUGAAUAACUGUGGUACUUUUGCUCAUUAAAGUAAUCUUGCAACAUGUCUGGAACUUGGAGUUUUUGUACAUUGUAGUAUUUAUCCGAUAAUUCUGAAAUCUUUCACACAGUCAUAAGUUGAGCUGUGCUUUGUUUUGAACUGUAUUGUAUCUGUACUGUCCAUAUCGUUUAUUGCCAUAUAAUGUUCAAAUAUCCACACAGCAGCAUAACGUAAAAUUAAAAGAGGAUCCUUGUGGAAGGAGAGUAAGUGACUGACAGCAGUCAGAUGUGAUUACUGCUGUUAUAUACGUUUUUGUGACCAUGUUGAUUUGUCAUGUGAAACCAUUAAAUGCUGGUAUUUGUGUAAGUUUUCAAUUGUGCCUGUUUUUCAGGAUCAUAAGAGUGUGUUCUGUAACAGAAUUUGCCAUGUUUGAUCAUGAAGAACAGACUUGAGUAGUUUGUAUCAAACAUUGCUAGUAGAAAAGUAGAUGCUCUCUUGAAAAAAUGCAAAGCCAAAAGGAAACUUUUCUGUUUGUCACAAGGCAGAGAGUUGUAAGUGGCAUUAGAUCUUGGUUAUUAAAGAUUUAGCUUCUCAUUGCCUAACAUGACAAUGGAUCAUGCAGGAAGCACUUUUGAAAUACAGCUUGAAUCUUAUUCAGUACUUCCUAAGGAAGUGAACAAACAAAAUUGACCUGAGCUGUAACAGGAUGUAUACAGAGUGUUCCCAGACACAGAAAGUAACAGCCUGAAUGAUGGCACUGUCAGACAGUAUGACUUUUCUUUUGCAAUGUCAUAGUGUAUUGUGCCAUUUCACUAAGACCAACAAUAUUAUUCUAAUAGUAAUUGAAAAGUUCUCAGAGUCAAUGAUUUUUGUAACUUGUAUGUGUAAAGAAAUUGUUUUAUCAUCUUCUUGCCAGCUAUAUUCUUGUUAUUCAAUUAUGCAGAAUGUCAUUACAGAUGAAGCCUUAUAACGUUUCUUAUAGGCUGAGAAACUGGAAUCAUCCACAUAUUGUAUGUACUGUGAAAGGCAGGACCAUAGACAUCACACUAGUGAAGAUUUCUUGUGUGGUUUUGUAGGCCAUGUCCCAUCAUUUUGUAAAACCUUCGUAUUUUACGUGUAUUUCUGCGUAUUGUGUUCAGACAUAUUUUUCAUUACCAGUAGCAUUAAGGAAAGGCUAAUUGAAAAUCCACAGAUAAUGCAGUGCAGUUGGUUAUAUAAUGGAGAUCCAUGGUUGAAGUCAGUCAGAUGAGGAUGGGGUGGUGCAGGGGAUUGUAGGUGAAGAUUGAAAUGAAUUAUCAAAUGUUAGUUGUUGCAGUUGCUAUGAUCUUGUUACAAAAUUAGGUCAUUAAAUUUGUAGGACUACUUUAUUAAAGAACUGCUGACUCACAUACUUAAAUAAAAUUCCAGUUGUCAUAACAUGCCUUUUAAGAUGCUUUAAUACUAUGUUAAUGCAUACACACACAAUAUACUGUAUAUAUAAUGUCAUCCACUUAUUUAAUUAAGCAUUUGAUGCAAAUAUGUCAUCAUCAGACACCUUACCUUAUUCAUCUGUUGCCAUCAGCAGUGUGUAGCUGCCUGAUUUAUGUCCCUAAUACCAGGCUUUACUAUCAGCAUGGUAAUGUUCAUGUGAAGUAGUUAGUUAGAUAUGCAGCUUGUCACAGGUGGACAGGAUCCAGCAUGACAUUUUCUUUCUGCUUUGAAAUGGGUGUCAUGUUUGUUUAUUUAAGAAAGCUCCUUAUCUUUGGUUUUGUAUAUUUCUGAAAGUUUGCAAACUGUGAUGUGCAUGCUAAUUAGUUCUUACCAUGUAUUUAAAAGCUGCAUAAGACUGGUCAUAGGCACACACUGAUUCCGUAUUGCAGAUGUGCAUCCAGCUUGAAUAAAAGAUUAGAAGGAAAUCAAACAUAAACGUAAACAGUAACUAGGUUUCUUUGAUGUAUGUAUACUGCCAGUUAUUUGCUUUAAUGGUCAUUACAUCCAUUAUAUUCAUAGAAAUUUAAUUCUUCUUCUCCUUCUAUUUUCAUUGGCAUGUGAUUUACAAGUAGUUACUAUAGGAUUCUGACGAUGGUGUAUAACACACUGAUAUACUGGGUUUUCGGACUUUAUCCAUC